CUUGAAAGGGCGCCAUUCGAUUCAUUGGGCGAGAAACACAGAGCCUGAAGGCCGUUCCGCCGCUGUUCAAUUCUACCGGAAUGGGAGAAAAGAGAAAUCGCAGUGGCCUCUUCGGCUGCUUCGUCGUCGUCGAGGAUCCCGAAUGCGAGGCGGCGGCGGCCGGCGAAGACAGCAACUGCCUUCGCCGUCGGUCUCUUCGCAAGAUCUUCAGUCAUUUGAGGAAGAAGGCGAGCAAGUCUUCAUCUUGGCGGCAGUCGAUUUCGUCGGAGAAGAAGUCAGAGGAGGAGGAUGAGCGCCGAACGGGGUCCUUAUCGUCCUCCGCUUCCUCCUUGUUCACUUCCUCCUCCUCCUCCUCUUGCUCAUCCUCGCGCGUGUCAACGGCGGCCUUGUCCUCUCUCUCGGAGCCGGAAGAGCCAGCGGAGCGGAGGAAGCAGGCGACUAUUCACCUGAAGCCGACGUGCAUCAACGACGCGGCCACCGGCGCAUUCUUCCUCGUCGCGAGCUUGUCGGCGACAGUGUUUCUAGGCCGGCUCUGCGCGAUCCUCUGCACGUCGUGCCUAUUGUUUGCGGUGGCGUGCCAGUCCUCGAACGGCGCAGCGGCCGGGCCGUGGGGGGUGGAAGGGCGGAAACUUUCUGCGGCGGUGCUCCGGCGGAGGGGGCCGGUGGUGGAGGCGAGCGGGAGCAGGCGGGUUGUUUCCGGUUGCUUUUCUGCCAGAAACAAACUUUAGUUAUUAAUCUUUUUUCGUCUUCAAUCUUAAAAAAGAGAGAGCUAUUUUAGGAAAUUACUGAAACGCUCUCUUUGUUUUAGCUUUCCACUGUUUUGUAAUAUUUUUUAAUAAUGACAUUUGAGUUA